ACAUCACUCAAUUAGUGGCGCAUGUCCCGUAACCCCGGGUGAGUGGAUGUCUCACUUAAGACCAAUUGAAUGAUCUAAAAUGAUGUAAACCCCGUUCAAACGGGGCACCGGGACAUGCAAAACGAGCUUGACCAGUUCCUCCGUUCCUGUCUACAGCCCAAACCAAUGAGGAAAAGUUUUCAUAGGUGGGAGCGAACAACAUUGACUGGGGAUAACAAUCGUGGGGCGACAGUUUACUUUUGCUUCUAAGCAAUAUCAACAAUUCAAAAUACAGUUACUGUUGUUCCAUCAACCAACAGUAAGCCGAGGGAUUCUCCCUUAUCUUCCCGAAGAAAGUAAUUUGUGUCGCCCUUGGAGGUAUUCCCAGCUUUCUGAAGCAGUAGGGGAUGGACGAAGUGCGGCCUACCAGCGGACCAGCAGCCCCCGGCCUGGCGUCACUCUUCCCCCCGGGUCUGCAGGCAAUCUACGGGGAAUGCAGGCUCCUCUACCCCGACCAGGCCAACCCCUUACAAGUUACAGCCAUUGUAAAAUACUGGUUGGGAGGUCCUGAUCCAUUGGACUACAUCAGUAUGUACCGUAACAUGGGCUGUGCAGCGCAGGACGUACAGGAACACUGGCACUACAUCAGCUUCGGACUCAGUGACCUGUAUGGAGACAACAGAGUACAUGAGUUUACAGGCCAGGAAGGCCCCAGUGGCUUUGGCUUUGAGCUGACGUUCAGGCUGAAGAGAGAGGUGGGAGAAACAGCCCCUCCUACUUGGCCGGCUGAACUCAUGCAGGGCCUGGCCCGCUAUGUCUUCCAAUCAGAAAACACGUUUUGCAGUGGAGACCACAUAUCGUGGCACAGUCCCCUGGACAACAGUGAGUCUCGUAUCCAACACAUGCUGCUCACUGAAGACCCCCAGAUGACUCCGGUCCACACCCCCUUCGGCCUGGUCAACUUCCUGCAGAUUGUGGGUGUGUGUACAGAAGAGUUGCAGGCGGCCCAGCAGUGGAACGGCCAAGGAAUGCUGGAGCUGCUCCGAGGGGUCCAUGUUGCUGGAGGGCCCUGGUUGAUAACUGACAUGAGGAGAGGAGAGACCAUCUUUGACAUCGACCCUCAUUUACAACCGGAGCGUGUGGACCAGGGUAUAGAGACAGAGGGCUCCAACCUGAGCGGCGUGAGCGCCAAGUGUGUGUGGGAUGACCUCAGCCGACCGCCCGAGGAUGAAGAGGACAGCCGCUCCAUCUGUAUAGGAUCUCAGCCACGAAGACUGUCGGAAAAAGAUACAGAGCAGAUCAGAGAAGCCCUGAGAAAAGGAUUGGAGUUCAACACUAAAGCAGCACUACCCCCUAUCAACUCACAGAGACAAGGACAUGACAGGCCUCAGAGUCGUAAGGACAGUCUGGAGAGUGAGAGUUCAGCGGCCAUCGUUCCUCACGAGCUAGUUCGUACCAGACAACUGGAAAGUGUUCAUCUGAAAUUCAACCAGGAGUCAGGAACACUGCUGCCCCUCUGUCUCAGGGGUCGUUUGCUCCAUGGUAGACACUUCACCUAUAAGAGUAUAAAUGGAGACACAGCCAUCACCUUCGUAUCCACCGGAGUAGAGGGGGCCUUUGCUACUGAGGAACACCCGUAUGCCGCACAUGGACCCUGGCUACAGAUAUUGCUGACUGAGGAGUUUGUUGAACAGAUGCUUGGAGAUCUAUCGGAGCUCAACACUCGAGAGGAGAGGAAGGCUUCCAGGGGCGUAAUGGGGAGAUUACCAACGGAUCCUUGGCCUAUAAAGAAGCUGUUAGACCAAGUUACCGAAGGAAUACAGCUGGCCAGAAAAGAAACUGAAGAUCUCGGUCCUGCCUGACUCUGUGUUUGACAGUCCUCUGCAUUGAGACUUGGACCCACUCCUCUCUUCAGAAUACUCUGGACCUGUUCACUCAGACUUUAAAUGGUCAUGUUCAGUAGGUCACAUCGUUGCAAAGCGUUUCCCAACAGAACGCAAAUAAUAAAAAUUUAUAAACGUUUUUUGUUGACAAGUUCAGGUAGUACCUCCUGUAAGUUAUCUUCCAUUUUACUGAACACAACCCUGCUCUGUUCCAUGGGCUCUGGUCUGCCUCAAAGUGAGAACACCUGACCUCCACCUGAUCUUUUUCUGGCACAUCUGCCUUUGACUUGACUGUUACUGCCUUGUCCGAGCUACCAAUUUCUACUGCGUUUUUCUAACCUUGUAGAAACGCCUGGAGAUGUGCCGGAAACCUGUUUCUCCAGAUAGCUGCUUUGCUAGAUGAUACAUAGUUGCUAUGUUUUGUGAAUGGGUAAAAUUUCUAGUUAGGAUAUGACAUCCCACUAGAUUCAAUAAGUUUGUAGCACAGGCAAAAAUGCAAGGUCAGUUGAUUUAGUGCAAGGAUUGUUUUUUGGUUUUCUAGGGCCAUAUUCCAUUUGAAGUGUUCUCUUAAAAGGCCUAUGCGCUUAUUUGUUUAAGUGCUGGUGUAUCUAUGGACAUAAAGUGUAUCUAUGGUCAAGCCAAAGGUGCUACCAGUUUCCCAUUAAGUUUGUAUCGGACCAGAUGUUGUGGAAUUUAGACAACUGAACCUUAUUCAGUACCAACCUCUGUGCAAAUCUAAAAUGGUGCCUUCUUCCCUAUAUAGUUUUCUUUUGGCCAGAGCCUUAUGAGGAGUAUAUAGGGCAGGGGGUCUUCAAACGGGUCCACAGCAUGCAGGCGCUGCAAAUAAAAAAAAUUAUGUGUUUGUGAAUAUCCAUGUACCGGGAAAGUGCCAAUGGUUACUGGUAAGCUUUCUUGACAUGGACAUCAAUUUUUGCAGAAAUGUGUUAGUCUAUUAGCUAUUAAGGUAAUUCCAAUGUUAGUUUUACACUUCCUCUUCCAAUUAUAACUGAGUUCAAAUUAAUAUCUCCCAGAUCAAUUAUUUUUAUGUUACCUCUCCUUGCCAUUUAUUAUACACAUUAUCAUUUUUUGCUAACAUAUGAUUUGGGGUCUCUGGGUCAACGGAUUGGGAAAAAAGUUUGAAGACCCUUGGCAGAUGGUGUAAUUUGCGAUACAGACAAUCAAACCACAUGAUCCUCUCAUUCUAUUGUGUCCUGUCAAAUCCUUGUCCCCCUGUGCCAAGAGCCUGAUUAUUUUAUAGAGUAAUAUUUUGUGUAUGUACUGUUCUACUGUUCAUUUUAUGAAAUAUCUCUGAAGCUCUACAAUGACUGUUAAACUCUUUCCUCUAAUAGUUAUCUCUGAAGCUCUACAAUGACUGUUAACUACUAUUAGAGGAAAGAUUGUGUCUUGUAAGAGUUUAUAGGCCUGUCAGAGAGUGAAAUGUUGGAAAGCGUUUCAGAGAACUCCUCAUGUGCCCACAAAUAAAGUUAGUCUGACAUUUUCACUGAUGAACAUUUACUGUGUUGUUUCCUGUCCCUAGUUGGAUCAGAUUUUUGUUGAUAGAACUGACGUCAGUGCCUCUGUGUUUUUAGGAAGCCACUAGAACUUGUCAGAGCCUAGGUCCACGCCACAUUUUUUAUCACCACUUUCUAGACAAACUCAUUCUUUCCUUCACUGUCACAAUACGUGUCAACUGUUGUGUGAAUAUAUGAAUGUUUUGCUUUGGUAGAAACAACCAGAGUCAGUCUACCAUGGCCUUGAAGUGUUUAGGCUCCAUGCAUUGUAUAGACUGUAUCCACUGUCAACCGCUCCUGUAUUUUAAUAUACAUCAGUUUCAAUCAAGGACCUCUGUCUUUAUACACAUAAAGCAUCCUAGAUAUAUGUUAUGCCAUCACUGCAUUCCGUAGCUAGUUAGUCAAGAACAGGAGCUGACUCCCUUUUCUAAACAGUGAUGACCUGUUCACAUGUAUUCUACCGUGUCUUUUUUUAUUCAGAUUUAGAUUUUUUGUUGUGGUCUUUAUUAUACUGUAUUGUUAUUUUGUUGAAUGAAGGAAUCACUAAACUGCCUGUUACUGUAAUCACAAGUGCAUUAAACAGAAAUCGACAUUCA